AUGCCAGACACAGUCGAACGCCAGGAGGAACCUAAAAUUGCUUUUAUUUCAGGUCCCAUUGAACCUCCAGCAGGCUAUUUCGAAAAGCACUAUAUUCCCAAAUUGAACGAAGCAAUAGCGGCCGGGCAUUCUUUUGUAGUUGGCCCAGCUCCAGGGAUGGACACAGAAUCACUUCGCUAUCUUAUUACCGCUGGAGUCCACCCAGAUAAAAUUACGGUGUACCUCGCACAUUUCGAAGAGAAGUUGUUGGCGAGCAAAUUGCAGUGGUUUGUGGACCUUGGAGGAGAUCUUUACGUAGAGGGUGUCACAACAGAGGCCAGAGAUGCCGCUAUGACGCGAGACUCUGAUUACGACAUUCUUCGGUAUAUGUCAAUUGAAGAGCAAAAGAACCUUUACGGCCGAUUAUACUACCCUCGAAUCAGCCAAACCGAGAAGAAUGAGAUAAGGAGAAGACAAACAUUGUUGAAGAAAGCGGCGCCUGACUCAGCCUAA